CACACGUACAGUACAUAAAACCUAACGGGUCUCUAAAAUGGGACCGCUCAGCGAGAACUAACAGCAAAAUUAUUCUAGCAGUAAUUACAGGAUCACGAUGAGGAUAAUAUGUUUUUAUUCGUGUUGCUUCUUUUUGUAUUCCACGUCAUCCUCAGUGAAACACUCACUGCAGUAUCUGGUCACUGCAUCCUCUGGAGUCCCAAACAUCCCAGAGUAUAUGGGUGCUAUGAUGCUUGAUGGCAUUCAGAUGGGUUACUGUGACAGCACCAACAAGACAGUAGAACCAAGACAAAACUGGGUGAAGAAGAUGCUUGAAAACGAAACUCAGCUGUUGCAGAUAUUGACUCAGGAUUGCUUUCAGGAUCUGAAUAACUUUGGGAGGCGUAUUUCUAGUCUGAAGGAGCAGUUCCAGAGUGAAGGUGUCCACAUUUUACAGAAGAGAGAAGGCUGUGAAUGGGAUGAAAAUACUGGAGAGGUGACUCGAUUUUCACAGUACGGUUAUAACGGAGAAGACUUUGUUGAGUUUGAUCUGAAGACACUGACAUGGAUCGCACUGAAACCAGAAGCUAACAUUACUAAACAGAGAUGGGAUGAUGACAAUGGUAGAACAAAAUACAAGGAAAACUUCCUCACUAACAUUUAUCCAGAGUGGAUGAAGAAGUCUUUGUCCUAUGGGAACAGCUCCCUGCAGAGAACAGUUCUUCCCUCAGUGUCUCUUCUCCAGAAGACUCCCUCCUCUCCAGUCAGCUGCCACGCUACAGGUUUCUAUCCUAACAGAGUCAUGAUGUUUUGGAGGAAAGAUGGAGAAGAGAUCCAUGAAGGUGUGGAUCCUGGAGAGAUCCUCCCCAACAACGAUGAGACCUUCCAGAUGAGUGUUGAUCUGAAUGUUUCAUCAUUCACACCUGAAGACUGGAGCAGAUAUGACUGUGUGUUUCAGCUCUCUGAUGGUGAGGACGUCAUCCUCACCAGGCUGAAUGAAACAGUGAUCAGAACCAACAGGGGAGGAAAAAAUACAAAUGUUCUGUGCCAGCUCUCUAAACAUGAUGAAGAAACCUAUGGUUCUCCUCCUCCUCUGUCAUGCUGCAUCUGCAGCAACAUGAAUGAACCUGAACCCAGACAGGACUGGGCAAAAGAAGUGAAGAAAGAGGAUCUCCAGCUAUGCACAGAGCAUGGUCAGAUGAUCAUACUUUAUCAGCAGAUGUUAGAAGUUGCAACUGCCAGUUUCAAGCAGCACACAAACCAAACUAAAGGUGUUCACAUAAUCCAGGAGUUGACUGGUUAUGAGUGGGAUGAUGAGACUGAAAAGGUCACUGGGAUUAAACAGUUUGGUUAUAAUGGAGAAGACUUCAUUGCACUGGACAUAGAAACAGAGACAUGGAUCUCUUCAAACCCACAGGCUGAAAUCACAAAACAAAUAUGGAACGCACAUACCAAUAAGGGGUUUUGGAAGAACGUAUUCGCAACUACUUUCCCGGCAUGGUCCAGCAUGUACAUGAAUUAUGCUGAAAGUUUUGUGCAUAGAAAAGUUCCCCCUUCAGUGUCUCUCCUCCAGAAGACUUCCUCCUCUCCAGUCAGCUGCCACGCUACAGGUUUCUAUCCUGACAGAGCCGUGAUGUUCUGGAGGAAAGAUGGAGAGGAGAUACACGAGGAUGUGGACCACAAAGAGAUCCUCCCUAACCAUGAUGGGACCUUCCAGAUGAGUGUUGACCUGGAUAUUUCAUCAAUCGGACCUGAAGACUGGAGAAGGUAUGACUGUGUGUUUCAGCUCUCUGGUUUUGAGGACGAUGUUGUCACAAGACUGAAUGAAUCAAUCACCAGAACCAACUGGGACAAACGUAAAACUGGAAAUGAUGAAGACAGAUCCAUUCCUAUCAUCACUGCCAUGGUUGUUCUUGUUGUCAUCGUCACUGUUGGUGUUGGAUUUGCUGUUUACAAAAGAAAGAAAGGCAAAAGCACCAACUUAUCACCUGUCAACAUCUCUGACCUCUCUGAGAGACUGAGUCCAGAGACCACAUAAGCAAACACAGCUCCCGGACAUACAGUGACAUCAAGAGCUUAGAAUCAGACUCCUUCAUUGUCAUUAUGUCAAAAGCACAAUGCAAUUACAUGCUGUCCCAUUCAGUGCAAAGAAAAGAAUGGAAAGCAAAGAAAGCAAUAUAACUAUUCACAGAAAUACAAAAGUUGAAAAUAAAAUUCUAAUAAAAAAAAAAAUACAGUGCAAAUAAAUAAACAGAUAUGUACAUUUGUGUGUGUGCUUGAGUCACUAUUGAUUGCACAGUUUGGACACAUCAGUGUUUAUUUACUGUCUAUUAUUUACAAUCAAGUUUGUUUGUUUUGGCUUUUUUUGAAUAAAGAACUUUUGAAGCUGUCACAAACUCACUGAGGCUGCAUGAAAGACCUUAACUCAGUUAUGGGACUAUUAAGAUAACAUUUUAGAAAUAAGUACAAUUUUGUUUUUGUUUACUUCAUUACUUUCAUUUUUUUCCUCUUGUAAAUAAAUGUUUAGUUACUAAAAAAUACAUAAUCAAUAACGAUAUUAUAUUUAAAGUUGAUUUCUAUGUGAAAAAUUACGUUAUGCCUAUUGUUACAUAGUUAAAUUGUAAUUCAUUGUAACUAUGCACCUUACUGUGAAAAUUGUUUAUACGGUCUGUGCACCUUG